CAUAUAAUUUAUGGUUAUUUGUUUAAUUAAUUUGUGAAUUUGUUAUUGGCUGUCCAAGGGUGUCUUCUCAAAGUGUCUAACGGGUUUUAUCUGUUUUGUUUUGGUGAGAAUUCUUCCAAAAUUGUGUGAAUUUGUAGAUGAAAUAGGAAAAAUAAAUAAUGAUGAUUAACUUCAUCUUCAUCUCAAUCAAUUCAAUAUUAUAACCAAGGAUUCCCUUUCACAGGUAUAAAGGCCAAAACUUAGAGCAAAAUCUACACAGUGGUCAUGUCGUCAUCCUCGUUUGAAAAGAGAAUAACCACGCUCUACCAGGAAAUGGUAAAGAGAAACAAUGAGCAAUGUAUUAUGGAGGAGGUUAAGAAUAAUAACCAACAAGCUUUGGUUAAUUACGACAGCUUGAUAGACUAUAUCAACGAAAGCGUACAUUUACUCAGGUCUGAAUACAACAUCAAGAAUCUUAGAGCUGUUGAUAAGAUUGCCUUAAACAAUGUGAUACAGUUCAAAUCCAAUGUUAUUGCAAGAAAGACUGUCGUGGAGAAGAGACUCAACCAACAGGAAAAGUAUAAAAUACACGGCACAAACAGAGACCAGAUAUCAAGCUAUACAUCAUUCAUGUCAGCAUUUAAGCCUAAAUCUAAACCAAUACAGUCUGCUUCAUCUUCAAAUGGUCAAACAUCAGGUACAGAUUUUAAAGUUCCGACAUUACCUCAACAACAACAACAACCACAACAAUUUACCAAUGGAUUUCAGAGUGAAGUCCCGGUGAGAAAAUCACUAGACUUACCAAGAGCAAGAAAGAAUCAAGAGUUUGCAAGCCGUGCUAGGUCAAAAUCUCCAAGUCAUGGGUCAAGACGUGAACGCCCCAAAUCAAUAGAUCUAACUAUAAACCAAGCCGCAUUAUUGGCAUGGGAUGCUAAACAGAAAUCAGGCACAGUAUCACCAAGAGCUACCUCACCACCACCACAAUCAAAGAUAACCAAAAAUAACAGCUCACAAAAUAUUUCAAAGAGAAAAUAUGAUUACGUACAACCAACAAUUAAUACCCAAAUUAACUUGACACCUGUUGGUUACAACAAGAUGAAAUCUCCAACAUUAGGUGCCUCCUCUUCAAGAAAAGCAUCCCCAAAGACAAAUAAUGUACCAAGAGAUGAAAACGAAAGACCUGUUUUUGCAUCUGCAAAUGGCUCCACAAAAGGUUUAGGAAUUCAGGCGAAUGGUAAAAGUUAUUCAGAUCCAAGAAUCAAAGAAGUGAUGAACAAUUUACAAGGUGUUGAUAGACAGGCUUGUGAUCAAAUUUUAGAUGAAAUCUUGAUUACAGAUGAAAAAUUAACAUGGGAUGAUUUGGCUGGUUUAGCAAUUGCAAAAAAGUCGUUGAAAGAAACCGUGGUUUACCCAUUUCUAAGACCAGAUUUGUUCAAAGGUUUACGUGAACCAAUCAGUGGUAUGCUAUUGUUUGGACCACCAGGUACAGGUAAAACAAUGAUUGCAAAAACUGUUGCCAAUGAAUCAAAUUCAACUUUUUUCAGUAUCAGUGCAUCUUCUUUGUUAUCCAAGUACCUUGGUGAAAGUGAAAAGUUGAUUAGAGCAUUAUUUUACCUUGCGAAAAAACUAUCACCUUCAAUUAUUUUCUUUGAUGAAAUUGAUUCCUUAUUGACGGCAAGAAGUGAUAACGAAAAUGAAAGUUCAAGAAGAGUUAAAACUGAAUUUUUGAUCCAAUGGUCCUCAUUAUCAUCAGCUACUGCAAGGGACAGUAGUAAUGAAAAUAGGGUCUUGGUUUUAGCUGCAACUAAUUUACCAUGGGCUAUUGACGAAGCAGCAAGAAGAAGAUUUACAAGAAGACUUUAUAUUCCUCUACCUGAAUUUGAAACAAGGUUGACUCAAUUACACAAAUUGUUCCAAUUUGCCAAUCAUUCACUUUCAGAAACUGACUUUAUAAUAAUUGCAAAUUUAACAGAAGGUUAUUCAAAUAGUGAUAUUACCUCAUUAGCCAAAGAAGCAGCUAUGGAACCAAUUAGAGAUUGUGGUGACAAUUUGAUGAAUAUCAACUACAACGAGGUUAGAGGUGUGGAAUUGAAAGAUUUUGAAAGGGCAAUGGCGAGUAUAAAGAAGAGUGUUGGUAAAGAAACUCUGGCGAGAUUUGAACAAUGGGCAAGUAGUUUCGGUAGUAUGGGAGCAUAAGUGAGAGUUUGAUGUUAUAUUAAAAAGGGAUAGAUGUACUUUAUUGACUGUAAUUUAUAAAUGAUCAAUAAUUAUUACCAUUCAGCUGCUAAUAAAUUAAAUAUAGG